AUGUCAGGACAUCGGAGGUCAGUGAGCCUCGAGGCGCCCGAGCGUAAAGGAAUCGAGGACCCUGGUGCGCAUGACCUAGCAUCCUCCGAUGACGAGCAUUUCUCGGACGCACAGUCGGCUCCCAGGGACAGCCCCAGAGGAGCGGCCUCCCCAAUUCCCAAGACAAGAGUAGAGAAGGUCGAUGACGAGCCGUCGUAUGGCGAGGUGCCCGGGACAGACGCAUAUGAAAAGAGGGUUGGGGAUGCGGCGCCGGACGAGAUUGCCAUCAUACCCGAUGCCGAGGCCAAGGAGCAGAAGUCUAAUUCUACCGAGGACUUGACUAUGCCUGGGGGACACCCCAUUCCGAAGACCGUGGUGGAGGAAACAGCCGAUGCUCCCGGCUCCACCACUCAAAACUUCCACGAGCAGCUCCGCAAGGCAGAUGCCGCACCCGACCUUGUUCGCAAAGCCGACGGUACGAGCGAGGCCAACAUGGUGCCGGCGUCGCUAGAAACUAUGGGAGAAGCAACCGAUGAUGUCCCUGUGUCCCCUGUGUCUCCUGCUCUGAAGUCUCCAAUGAAGUACCGACGGAGGAAAUCGUCGGCCGCAGAGUCUAUAAACGGCUCUGGCGAGCUAGCAGCCAACGGCUUUGAUGACGAUGGUGCUGAUGACGGGGACUUCGGAGACGACUUUGACGAGUUUGAGGAGGGUGACGAAGAUGGCGACUUUGGCGAUUUUGACGAUGGCUUCCAACAGGCUGACGCGGAGACAUCGGCCUCCCCGCCCGUUGCUCCGCCGUCCGUCGCAGUACCCUCUUUUCUUGCGGCACCGCCACCACUGCAGCCCCCAGACUGGAUUCGGUCACGCAUACGGAGACUGUUCCUGGUUUCACUUGGUGUUCCUGUAGAUCUGGACGAGAUCUUACCUGCUUCUAAGCAGAAGAAGCUCGUCCUACCAUCUUUGCAUCGUGUAACAUCCAACGGGUCACUACGAACUUCAAGCGAUUCGCAUUCCAUAUCUCGCUUGAGAGAGCCUGGCACCAACGACUCAACAGUAUCUGUAGACUCGCAAGGCAAGGAGAAGCCACAUUCAGCAUCAAGGCGGCAAAAGGGGCCGCCCCCGGCUCCCAAACUGGAUCUAGUAUCAGCUAAGCAGUUGUGCACAACAACGGAGGAAGCCCUGGGUGGUAUGACGGACGACGAACUCAAAGCACACGUGAAACGACUCGAGGAUAUGCAAGGCCUGGCCAACGAGCUUUUGGAAUAUUGGAAAAAGCGGACGGAUGAGAAGAUUGGGGAUCGCGAGGCGUUUGAGGAUGUGAUAGAGAACCUGGUCAAACAUGCUCGGAAGACGAGGAAGUGA